UUUGGGAACAGCUGCUUUUUCAAACCAAUUCUUCAAACCAUGAUUCGAAUCAUGCUGACCUUUCUGUGGAAAUUCACUGUCUUUUGUUUCCUCAUCUUCACCUGCUGUUUACUUAACUAUGUGAAUCCUGAGGAAGAUUUGGAUACACCAGCGAUCUCUAAAUAUUUCAACACGAAAGGGAGGUACGAAGAAGUGAACCCGUAUCUCAUAGAGGACAUACUCGCUGUAAACAGGUCCAUCCUGCAGCCUCCAGCAGCACAAUGCCAGGAAAUUCAUCUGACUGCCAUAAUAAGACACGGCACGAGGUACCCGACGAGCAAAAACGUCAAGAAGAUGCAGAAGCUCUACGACAUCGUCCUACACAACGCCUCGGGUGACGAGAGCUGGCUGCGUGAAAUCCAGACCCAGUGGACGAUGUGGUACACGGAGGACAUGGACGGCCGCCUCGUCCAGAAAGGUGUGAACGACCACAAGCAUCUGGCCGUCAGGCUGUCAAAGCUGUUCCCCUCACUGAUUUCAGAGGUGAAGCUCAGAGGUGGAUUCAUCAAGUUCAUAAGCAGCUCAAAGCACAGGUGUGUCAACAGCACACUGUCCUUCAAGGCAGGACUGACAGAGCUGUGGGCUAUUACAGAUAAGGAGUUUGACCAUGCAGUGAACGAUGCUCUCAUGAGGUUUUUUGACCAGUGCGCCAGGUUUGUGCAGGAAGUUGAUAAGAACCCCUCAGCUCUGUCAGAGGUGGACCAGUUCAGGCAGGGACCAGAGAUGAGGAGGGUCACGGAGAAGAUCGCAGACCGGCUCAGGGUCCCCUACAAUGACAUCACAGACGAUAUGGCCGAAGCUGCAUUUUAUUUGUGUGCUUAUGAGUUUGCCAUCAGGACUGUGAACUCCCCAUGGUGUCAGCUGUUUGAUGAAGUUGACGCACAGGUGUUGGAGUAUGCAAACGACCUUAAGCAAUUCUGGAAAAGAGCUUAUGGUUACGAUAUCAACCGCAAGUCGAGCUGCAUUCUCUUCCACGAUGCGUUUAGUCGACUCGACAGAGCAGCCGACGAGAACAAGUCAGGGCAACAGGUGACUGAGGCUGUGACGGUCCAGGUCGGCCAUGCAGACACCCUCCUGCCCUUGCUUACCCUCCUGGGCUUCUUCAAGGACAGCGAGGCCCUGACUUCCACCAACUUCGCCACACAGGCCCAGCGCUCCUUCCGCACCAGCCACAUGUUGCCCUAUGCAGCUAACUUAGUCCUGGUGCUAUACGACUGCGGAGGAGGCGACCUGAGACUGCAACCGCUGCUCAACGAGAAUCCUGUGACCUUCCCCGGUUUGACUAACCAGCAGGCCUCCAUGCCGAGCUAUCAAGACGUCAGAGAUCACUACAGGGAGCUGCUCCAAGGCUGUGACUUUGAGACUGAGUGUCAGCUGUUCAAGAGUCCAGCUUAAGUCAAAGCACACCGGGUAGAUCCUGGAAAAGAGGCCUUGCAGUGGCUUUAUUGUGUUUUAUUUGUCUUCCGGCUGAGAAAAGGUGUCUCUGAAACUGAUCCCAGCCUAGCAAUUUCAUUUCAAGUUCACAUGUACUAUUGCAGUAUUACUUCAAAUAUAUUGCUUAUUGUUUGCAAUGUUUCAUUCCACGAAUUAAAGAAUAUAUUUUUGCAGUGUA